CGGCGGCGGCGGCGGGCGGCGGCAGCGGCGGCGGGGGGGAAAUGGCGGCCGCGGUGCUGGUGGCGCCGGAGGGCGGCUCUGCCGUGAUGCCGGCGGGGAAUGCGGCGGCUUGUCCUCCGCCACCUGGUCCCUCAGGUCCGGGUUCGUGGAGCCGCUCCUUGGACCGAGCCUUAGAAGAAGCGGCGGCCAGCGGUACCCUCAGUUUGAGCGGCAGGAAGCUCCGCGACUACCCGCGGGCCAGCGCCGCCAACCACGACCUCAGCGACACCACCCAGGCCGAUUUGUCACGGAACAGACUGUCAGAGCUUCCAGCAGAAGCAUGUCAUUUUGUCUCCCUUGAGAGUCUUAAUUUGUACCAGAACUGCAUUCGAUAUAUCCCAGAAGCCGUUUUGAACCUACAGUCAUUAACUUUUCUAAAUAUCAGUCGAAACCAGCUUUCAACAUUGCCAGUACACCUCUGUAGUCUACCACUAAAAGUUUUGAUAGCGAGUAAUAAUAAGUUGGUUUCAAUACCUGAAGAAAUUGGACAGCUCAGACAGCUGACAGAGCUUGAUGUGAGCUCUAAUGAAAUACAGACAAUACCUCCACAGAUUGGCAAUUUAGAAUCCUUGCGGGACCUAAAUGUCAGAAGAAAUAAUUUGGUGCGUUUACCUGAAGAGCUUGCUGAGUUGCCUUUGAUUCGAUUAGAUUUCUCCUGCAAUAAAAUAACAACAAUACCAGUUUGUUAUAGGAACCUCAGACAUCUGCAGACCAUCACAUUAGAGAACAACCCUCUCCAGUCACCCCCUGCACAGAUAUGUAUAAAAGGAAAAAUUCACAUAUUUAAAUACCUGAACAUAGAAGCAUGCAAGAUAGCUCCAGACUUGCCUGAUUAUGAUAGGAGACCCAUGGGAUUUGGAUCUUGCCAUGAGGAACUUUAUUCUGGUCGCCCAUACGGAGCACUUGAUUCUGGCUUCAACAGUGUGGACAGCGGAGACAAAAGAUGGUCAGGGAAUGAACCAACAGAUGAGUUCUCAGAUCUCCCUUUACGAGUGGCAGAGAUCACUAAAGAACAGAGACUGCGAAGAGAAAGUCAAUACCAGGAAAACCGAGGGAGUGCAGUCGUAACUAAUGGUGGAGUGGAACAUGAUCUCGAUCAGAUCGACUAUAUUGAUAGCUGUGCCACAGAAGAGGAGGAGGAGGAGGUGAGGCAACCCAAGUGCAUGGACUCAGACAGCCUCAGCUCACAGUUCAUGGCAUAUAUUGACCAGCGGCGAAUCUCUAAUGAGGGCUCACCAGUAAAGCCUGUAUCCAUCAGAGAAUUUCAGAGAACAGAGGAUACAAGACGAUAUUUACAUCAAAACAGGGAUACUGAUGAAUUACGAAGACCUGAAACUCUAAAUUUGAUGCAGGACAGAGAGCAUCAUCAAGUACUAAGGAGUUAUGUGGACAGGACAGAGAGACCCCUGGCUGAUUCGCCUUACUUUCUCUCUCUGUCAAGUCACCACAGUCAGGUGCCUAAUACAGAUCCUGAGCUGCACCGCAGGCACAUAGAGCGCACCCGUCGGGAGGCCCAGCAAGCAGCACUUCAGUACGAGGAGGAGAGGAUGAGAACAAAACAGAUUCAGAGAGAAGCUGUCCUUGACUUUGUUAAGCAAAAAGCAUCCUUAAGUCCUCAGAAGCAAAGUCCUCUGGAUAGUGAGAAUGGCUUUGAGCCUCUCUUUGUGUUUGAGAUUGACAAUAACACCAAUACCAUUAAAAGAAGGCCAGGGACUCGCAAACAGUCACUCUCAGGGUUGAAUCAAGAAAGCUGUGCUACUACCCUGCCUAAUGCCUCUACCUUCAGUCCUGUCAAGAGUGAGGACAGAUCUACCAUCUCCGGCUCACCUACCACUCAGACAGUCCACCUUUCCCCUCCAUAUCCUGGCCAUGCAGCCCCGCCUUCCUAUAGAAACCCUUCCCAGCGACCUGAGAGUUUCCUUUUCCGAGCAGCUGUCAGGGAUGAAGCAAACAAAGGUCUUACUUCAUCUUCUACCUGUGCCCUGUCUCCUGCUAAUGAUUCUGCAGACCCUAGAGUAAGACAAAACUCCAAACAGCGAGAGGAGGAGCUGGAGCUAAUAGAGCAGCUACGUAAGAAUAUCGAAUCCCGGUUGAAAGUGUCACUGCCCAGUGAUCUUGGAGCAGCUCUCACCGAUGGUGUUGUUCUGUGUCAUUUAGCUAAUCACGUGCGUCCCCGAUCUGUUCCCAGCAUUCAUGUCCCUUCACCUGCUGUUCCUAAACUUACAAUGGCAAAAUGCAGACGAAAUGUGGAGAAUUUCUUGGAAGCUUGCAGAAGGAUUGGAGUGCCUCAGGAGCAAUUAUGCUUGCCUCUACAUAUUUUAGAAGAGAAGGGUUUGACACAGGUAGCUGUGACUGUCCAGGCGCUCCUGGAGCUGGCACCCCCAAAGCAGCAGCAACUUCACCACUUGUCUGCUGUGUAAAGACCUCCAGGACCUUUUGGGUUACCUUGGCUAAGCAGAAGGACGUGAAGACUUUACUGCCCAUGCAGUGCAUCCAAACACACAGAGCUCUGUUCUAAGGAAAUGAGUUUCCGUGAUUCCUGACAGGAAUGUUUUACUUCAUUUCUCCAUUUUUUUGGAGAACACAACAGUUUCCAGUAACAUUUUUAUUAUCAAUAUUUUUGCCCCUUAUUUAAAAGAAAAGAGUUCACGGGGAGGAGGGCAGGGAAUGCCAGUGGCUGGCUGUUGGAGCCAGCUGUACAAACUGACCUUGUAGACUGGAGAUACACAUGGGUGUAGAGUUUGGAAAGCAAUUCCUAGGGGAAUUCGUUUGUAAAAAAAAAGGAUGUUGCUGCAGUGGGCACAUGGGGAAUGAAAUUUCUUUCCUUCCCAGCAGGGUUCAAAGAAAGGGAAUUUCUUUGCCUCCAAAGAACAACAGCUAUUUCUAUUAUAUAUAAAAAAAAAUUGCAACACACAAUCUUAACCUGCCGUGUUUGACAACAGGGUCAAACCUCAUGCAGCUGUAAAUUGCGUUGGCAUGUCCUCCUUUCUUAAAAUUUGAAGGGAAAAAAAAGUUGUUUGUUUUCUUUUUUUCCCUCAAGGGAAAAAAUACUGCAUGUUUUCUCCACAAGAAACAUCUUAGUAGAAGAUACUAAACCAGAACUAUUCAAACUGUAUUAAUCACAUCAGCAUUCUUGCUGGGUUCACUUUAUGUUUGUGUUUUAACAUGUCUGUAGCUGAACAUUUUUCCAACAUCAGUGGAGGGAGAUCUCUUAAAUCCUCUCACCUCCCCUUCUGGUCAUGUAGAGUUGGUUACUCAGUGGCUUUGUCAAAUGAUGACCAGAUGUCAUCAGGAACCACGUAUGUAUUUCCACUGCAGUGUGAAGAAUUACAGCCUGCCAUGCUAGAAACCCAUUAUCAAACAAUAUGUUUGGUAGGGGCUGAAGCAUCCUAUGCAGACCGGCCAACACUGGUGAGUGUCUCAGCCACUGAGAAAUUUAUCAUUGUAAGAACACAAUUACUGAAUUUCCAUAGGUGGGCUGCAUACUGCCAAAGCAGGAAUGUGUUGCAACACACAGCUUCUAUUUGUAGGUUUAACAAGGCUUGAAUAAAUAAAGCCUUUUAUCAUUGGAAUUUAUGUGGAGAUGCACUGGUUUUACAGAACUGCCGUUAACAUAAAAAUGGAAAUUCAAUAUACAGGAAGAGGAGAGGCAGCCGACAAGUUUUUUAUUUUGCUGGAAAAUUGACCUGCAAAACAAAGACUGGCUCUGUGUGCUCUGGUCCUAGCGAUGAGGCCAAGCUCAUUACCAGAUCAGUUACAGUAAUUUAUUUUUUUUCCCAAAAAAAGACCUUGCAAAAUCAAGUUUUCCACCCAUGCAGUUCCUUUGUUAGAUUUUGGCCAAUUUAAAGCAUCCCAGAGUGUUAUGCUACUAAUCCACGGUGCGUGGGGUCUGAGACCAACUUCAGGCAUCGGCGGUAUUGCACCUGGGAAUAUAUUUGAAGCAGGAUGCACCAAGAGAAUUUCACGGGGAUAAAGGAAGGAGAAAAAAAUGGGAACAGGCUAGCUAAAAGUAAGUUUUGUUGAAGUAAACCUGCCAUGGGAACACUGGCAAGGACUGGUCUUGGCUGGACUUUUUCCCUUUUUGAUUUGCAGUUUUGUUUCCGCUCUGCUUUGCGUCAUGUAUUUCCUUCAAGGUCCAUUGUGGUGACUGUUGAAUUCCUUAUUUCGCACAAUUAUUCCAGUUGCUUCUUAUUGGCAUUGGCUGAUCUCGUUGCAAGUGGAGAACACCACCUGAAGGGUAUCUAAAACUGCACAGCUGAAAGAGAAACCUUUUCCUACUGGCUAGGCACGUUGCCCUGAGCCCUGCAAGAAAUGAAAAUGCCAAUAACUUGCAGUACACGGAGGAAGAGAGCAGCUCUGUGCAGACAUACUUCCCUCCUUAAGCAGGUCUUGUGCUUGCAAGGAGUGUUGGUAGUUCUUAAAGGAUUACAUGGAAGUGUCUGAAGUCUCUGCUGUAGUUUGCUGAGUGGAAGAUUCUGCCACUCACAGCCAACAGUACAGACCGCAAAUGUUUCUUGUACGUUUGUCUCUGCGCAUAAUUUGAAAGAGGGGGGCACUGACUUUCACUUAGUUUCCAACAUUAGGUCACUUGUACGGUUACAGGGGCACGUUACCUUUUUAAUAGCACACCCUUUGUGGACUAUUUGAAUAUUCCCAUUUCAAGAAAACCCUUCCCUUCCUGGAAUGGUGAGGGUGUGGUGUUUGUUCCAGUCCAGCUUCCAGCACUUAAGGAAAAAUGAAACUUAACAGUAUUCAGGUUGGCGGAAGUUUGACAUUUCAUUAAUACGAGUUUUUAGGAAUUAAUGGGGUGGGGGGUUGAGCCUGAACUGCCAGAAAUGGCCAUUUCCUAUCGCGUCUGGUUAACACGGCGUACGCACGGGUUGGGGGCUGGGCAGGCGCUGCCUCCCCGCUAUCACUGUGUCGUAGGCGACGCUUCACUCGCAGUUUCAGGGUAUGUGGUCAUGUUAGUUUGACGUUUAUAAUCCUGUGUUUUCGUGCUGGCAAACACUAAAUCUUGACCAGGUGUUUAGAGCAAAAAUCCAAACCUGGAGUUUCAUCAUACGGUUUAUUUAAUGUGCGUUGUACCACAACCAACUUCAGUUCUGUUUUGCAAAAUGGGUUGGGAUUUUUCGGUGUAUUUAUGUGCAAUUUUUGUUGUAUCCCGUGAAAAGAAUAUUUUAAAGAAAGCGUGUAUAGAAUUCUGGUUUGUGUGCUAAAGCAAAGAGGCAAUUGUCUUUCCUCUCUGGGGCAUUUGUGUUGGAGGACGUGGGAGGAAUCCACCCGAGCAUCCCCCGCUUGCCGGUGUUUAUACACCGACCCCGUUGGGUCACCAUCCAUCCCCAGCCUGGGCCGGGCACCGAGCAGCGUUUGAGGCUCAGCAGGGUGGGGCAGCACGGGCACUCGGGGGGGGGGGGGGGGUGUCCCCGACAGCGGUUGGGGCAAAACAGCCGGGGUUUGGGUCUUCCCCCUGUGAAGGGGGUGGCUUUCGUAAAGGCCCCCACCUCUGCAACCUGCGUGAAGUAAAUCAGAGAGAACUUUUUCCAGCACCGAGAAUACCUCUGUUGUUCUUGGUAGUGACACGAUGGCAAAUGGUAUUUUUACCCUUUUAUGACUAUAUAUGGUUCUUUGAAAAAAUGUUUUAGAAACAGAGGACUUCUAAGGGGAAUUUGGACAUCUCCAAAAUUCUUUUGUAUAGAUACUGUGGUGUUUUACAAAGCGAUCUAAUUUUGUUAUUUCUGAAAACAGUGUAAACGUGUAAUUAAUAGAGUAAAGGAUUUUAAAGCUUCAUCCCACGCUGUAUGUCUGUAAAUACAUUCCAUAAUUUCUAAGUCUGUUGUUACAUAUAAAUGUGUCUGAAUAUUGUAUACUUUAUUUUAAAUUGCCUGUAUUCUGCCAGUAGUGUGAACUUCUAGCACAUUGAUAAUAUAAAAGGAAACCAUGGGUAAUUUGAAAUAAAGUUUUAAAACUUACAUGAA